CAACACCCCAGGUAGUGCAGAAUGUACAACAGCAGCAACAGAACCUAGACAGUGCUUUCCUAAAGAGAAAAUCUCCCAAAAAGGUUCCACCAGAACUUAUCCAAGCUUUCACAAAUGGCACAAAGAAUCCAGUUAGUGCACUGAUGGAGUACUGCUCCAUGACUAGAAUGACUGCAGUGUUUGAAGAGGCUGCAGUAGAAACACCUUCCAUUGUGGCCAAGUUUGCCAAUGUUUGUAAGAUUGAUGGCCGCCCUUUUCCACAGGGUGUUGGAAAAACUAAAAAAGAGGCCAAGGUUAAUGCUGCAAAGAUUGCUUUUACAGCCAUGCUCGGCAUGGAAGAGGAGGACAUCGAGGAUGAAAGUGAAACGGGACGUGUGAUGUAUGAUGUCAUGGGCAGAAAACUCAUGCUGCCGAAAGAAGAAUUUCCAGUUGAAGAAACAAUUGACAGUGAAAAUGCCCCUUACGAUGCAGGCUCACAACCUGUUGCAUAUGGUAGAAAUCCUGUUGGUGAGCUACAGGAAUACUGUGUCAAAAAAAGAAUACCUUUUCUUAUUGAAAUCAGUGAUACACCUGGUCCUAAAGGCUUUGUAGCCACAGUAACAGUAGAUGAUGAGCCAUUUGCCACAGCAACAGGACCAAGCAAGAAAGAUGCUAAAAGACAAGCAGCAGAUGCAGCCUUGAGUCUUCUGCUGAAAUUUGAUGAGCCAGAAGAAGUGGAAGCAGAGCUAACCCACUAUGAUAAAAUGGCCAGUAUGAGUCAUCAACAGCUACACAAAUUAACAGCUUCUUUGCCAGAACUAGAGGAAGGAAAUAAAGUUGUGGCAGCAUUUGUGGUCAAACGAGGUGAAGCAGACAGUGGCCAGGUUGUAGCAUUGGGCACAGGAAGUUUAUCCAUCACUGGAGAACAGCUUAGUGCUGAUGGAAGAACAGUCAAUGAUAGCCAUGCAGAGAUCAUUGCCAGAAGAGCUCUUGUAAGGUACUUCCACAGAGAGCUGAAGUCAUUUUAUGAGGGGAACACAGUACAUUCAAUAUUUGAAGAAAGAUACAAAGGUGCACCACUGCUGACUCUGAAGGACUACAUAACAAUACACCUCUACAUCAGCACAGCACCUUGUGGAGAUGCUGCUUUAUUCUCUGCAAGGUCUGGGACACCCCCUCCCUUAUCACAUGAAGAAUGGGAAUUAAUACAGAGUGGUGCCCAUUACCCAACGUUUGAAACUAGUGAUCAUGGGGUGGCAAGAACAAAAAUUGAAGGAGGAGAAGGUACCAUCCCCACAGAGAAGGACCAGCUAACUACCCAGACUUGGGAUGGUAUAAAGAGUGGGCAGCAGAGACUGAGGAGCAUGUCCUGUAGUGACAAGAUAUUGAAGUGGAAUGUUCUAGGCUUGCAAGGAGCUCUGUUUUCUAACUUUCUUGAACCAGUGUAUGUCUCUUCAGUUACAUUAGGUAAUCUCUAUGACCAUGGUCAUGCCACCAGAGCCUUUUGUUGCCGGCUGGAGGGCAUCAUCAGAGAUCUACCAGAGGGUUAUUGUGUCAACCACCCUUAUAUAGGUCGCACUACUCACUGCCAAACACUCCGCCAUGCCAACCCCAAGAUGUCAAUACUCAGCACAAACUGGUGCCAGGGGGAUGAGAAAGUGGAAAUUAUAGAUGCCAGGUCUGGAAAGGAAAUACCGAGCUCACCAUUCAAGACAGGAGCAACUCUAGCUAGCAGAAUGUGCAAGGCAGGAUUUUUCCACAGAUACAAGGAAAUAGCAAAAAUGGCCAAAAAGCAUCAUUUACUCAAAGUGAACACUUACAGGGAUGCCAAAUUAUCGGCUCAAAGCUACCAGCAAGCCAAGCAAGUUUUCUAUCAUUACUUGCAAGCUGGCGGGUGGGGCAGUUGGGUUGUUAAACCACCAGAGCAAGAAUUAUUUACAAAAUAAUCGACAUUCAAUUCUGUUAGACAUCAAUUUUAUGUUAAAGGUGCUCAUCGAACAUUCCCCACAUGCAGUGAUAGAAUGGAUUUUGUGUUGCAAUAUAUUGAUAUUUGUGUUCAAUAUUUAUAUAAAUAAUUUCUUAACAGUUAUGUGCAGAAGUGCAUUUACAGCAUCUAGUCCACUGAGUGUGGUGAAACUUUUAAAGUUUAAAAACAUCAUGUAUCAGUAUUAUAUAGUUUAUUGUUAUUGUUAGUUAUUAUUCACCUUAUAUACCAAAAAUAGCCUCUAAGCCAAGAAUACAGUACGUAUUAUUUCUGAAUGUAUUAUGAUAUACCAAGCUUCUUGUCUCCUUGUGACAAGGACAGAAGAAAGAAUAGUUUUGUCAUUUUCACAUUUUAAUAAGAAAAGCUGCAGUAUUUGCAAAUAUAAAGCAUUAUUCCUUGAAAUACAUGGUCUGAACCAUCUUGCUUCAUAGUGGAAUGAAUAAUGACACAAUGUACAAUGUUACAGAGGCAGGAUUGUUUCAUAGUGUUUAAAAUAGUCUUGUGAAGCUUUUUACUUCCAGCCACAAUAAAAGAUAAUAAAGAUUUACCUAGAAACAUUGCAAAGGAACAUUAGUUGUGGAAAUCAAGAGAUACAUAAAGCUAUUAUGAGCUGACAGCUCUAGCACUGAGAACCAACAUGGAAGGUGAAAUAUUUCCAAUGGCCAUCCACCACAGAUGCAUAUGAUGAUGAUGUGUCCUACAAAGUUUACUCAACAUUUAGACAAACAGCAAAUUGUGGUUUGUGGCAUAACUUUCCAGAACAAUGUAUUUUUUGAGUGCAGCUAUUUAUGUGUAUUAGUAACAACUUCCCAAAAGGCCAAUGUGUUGAUGUACCAGUAGGGUGGGCUUUGGAUUUGUGGUUGGUUCCUUGAAGAAAUGUGGAGUGACUUUUGUCCCCUUUUAUAUUUUUUGAGUUGCAACUACUGUAGGUCUAUGUAAUGUAGGGG